CCUAAUUCAGGUCUUUCAGCUGGUAUUCUUGCCUGACUGAGCAGCCCGACUUACAUGAAAGUACACUGAAAAAGAAGUACCUGGUACAGAUCUCGGCAGCACAAGUGCGUCACCAUUUUCUCGUAUUUCCCUUAGUAAUCUCCCCAUUGUCCCAAUCGGGCCGGGCCCUGUGACAUGUCCUUGAAACACCACCUCAAGUGCGUCUGUCCGGUAUUCUCAAGUUAAGCCUCGACUUUGCUCUUAUCGACUUCUGCCAGACGUGAAACAUUGUGCGCCAUAGUCUUCCAGAAGUGUAGUUAUCCGAAAACCCGGACUUGAACUACAAAGCCAGCUUGCUAUCCGAUACAACAUGGGGGAGGCUGCUCAGGGACAUAUUCCCAUUCAUAUUGAGGACUAUGGCCUCAUUGGUGACAUGCGGACCUGCGCCCUGGUGGGCAAGAACGGCAGCAUCGACUUCAUGUGCUGGCCCAAGUUUGAUUCUCCAUCCAUCUUCGGCCGGAUUCUCGACACAAGCCAGGGCGGUGGCGGCCACUGGAGCAUCAGCCCACAAAGCAGUACGGUAUGCAAACAGAACUAUCGAGCCUCCUCCAACAUCCUACAAACCAAAUGGAUCGACGAGGACGGCGUGGUCGACGUGACCGAUUUCUUCGCCCUUUCAAAGUACAACAAGCUCCUCAGGGAGAAAUGGAGCGGCUCAACCUUAGUCAGGAAGCUCGAGUGCGUGCGCGGAAAGAUGUCGUUUGACAUUGAACUCUGCCCGCGCCCAGGGUACGCCAUGGACAAAGGCGCCAUGCGUGGAUCGGAGGUGAACGUCGAGGACGGCACGUAUCAUCAGAGUUUAAAGUGGAUACCUGCGAACGAGGCCGAGUGCCAGGACAUGCCCGAGUUCUUUGCGACAUAUUGCGUCCACGAGCGGCCGCCAAGUUCCCCUCCAAAGAUGUUCCAGUCCGUCGCAUCAGAAGACGGCAGUGAGGACAAACUGCGCGCUCGAUUCGACCUCGAGGAAGGCCACCAAAUCUUCAUGAUCAUGUGCAGCAAACACGUUGCUCCACAUCUAACCAAGGACCUGGUCGCCAACCUGGAGAACGAAACGUUCAAGUUUUGGACCUCUUGGAUCCGAGCGUGCAAAUACACCGGCCGGUUCCAGCAAGAAAUCGAGCGCAGCAUGUUAGUUCUGAAGCUGCUGACCUACGACCCGACAGGGGCGAUUGUGGCAGCUCCGACUUUUUCUUUACCAGAAGCCAUUGGCGGACCUCGAAACUGGGACUACCGAUAUUCAUGGGUGCGCGACUCGAGCUUCACCAUUUAUGUCUUUUUGAAAAUGGGCUUCCCCGCCGAAGCAGAGGCGUACAUCAAUUUUAUUUUUGCCCGGAUUGCCGAAUGGCGCAAGAUCGCCGAGGCUUCCGACUCCAUCCACCACCUGCCACUGAUGUUCAGUAUUGACGGAGGCACCCAUCUCCCUGAGGUCGUCCUCGACCACCUGUCCGGGUAUCAGGACAGCAAGCCCGUGCGUAUUGGCAACGCCGCCACCGACCACGUCCAGCUCGACAUCUACGGCGAGCUCAUGGACUCGAUCUACCUGUACAACAAGCACGGAAAACCCAUUUCGUACGCGCAGUGGCUGGACAUUCGAUAUCUGACCGACUUUGUGUGUAAAGUCUGGAACCAGCCCGACAUGUCCAUCUGGGAGGUGCGCGGCAAGAAGCAACACUUUACAUACUCAAAAAUGCUGCUCUGGGUCGCGGUGGAUCGCGCGCUGCGGCUGGCCGAAAAACGAAACUUCCCCUGUCCCAACCGCCACAAAUGGUUCGAUACCCGCGACGCCAUCUACGAACAAGUCAUGGAGAAGGGAUACAACUACGAGCUGAACUGCUUCGUGCAGAGCUACGAGUCUAACACGACUCUUGACUCAGCGGUGCUGAUUGCCCCAUUGGUGUUUUUCAUGUCGCCCAACGACCCGCAGUUUGUAGGUACCUUGGACCGGAUUCUUCGAACGCCCGAGAAAGGCGGCUUGACCUCGGCUGGGUUUGUAUUUCGAUAUGAUCACACAAAGACGGAUGAUGGCGUCGGCGGUCGCGAAGGCACAUUCGUCAUGUGCACCCUCUGGCUAGUCGAAGCACUCGUCCGCGCCGGCAAGUAUGACAAACGAUACCUCGACGUCGCCACCAAUAUGUUUGAAACCGUCACCAACUUCCGCAACCAUGUCGGCAUGCUGAGCGAGGAGAUUUCCGUCAGUGGUGAGCAGCUCGGCAACACGCCCCAAGCAUUCAGUCAUUUGGCCUAUGUUUCCGCGGCUAUCAAUUUGGAAAGGGUCAAGAAGGGAGAAUAAUGGAAGAUUAACAAAAGCAAAAGCGAAGGCGAAGCCUCGAAGGCAAAGGUGCAAAAUGCGUUGUGGUCUCGGAAAAGCAAGGUGUUAAACCAGUUAACUACUCUGAUUUUUGGACGUUUAUUUAGCACACGUCAAAGCCAGCUUGUUAAUGCGAAUUCGAUUGCUUGUAACCUG